GUUUUCACUUUUCAGUCCUCUACGGCUCUACCAUCUGAAAGAACGUACUGAGAGAGUGAGAGAGAGUUCAGAGAGAGAGAGAGAGAGAGAUGGGGGAAGAAGAAGAUCCGCAGAGGCUGAAGCGAAUAGCAGCAGCGUCCUAUGACUACGAGAACGACCCAAGAUGGGUGGAGUAUUGGUCCAACAUUCUCAUCCCUCCCCACAAGGCCUCUCGCACCGACGUCAUCGACCACUACAAGCGCAAGUUCUACCAGCGCUAUAUCGAUCCUGGUUUUAUUGUUGAGGCAAUGCCUUCAAGCAGUUCAUCUCAGCCAGCACGACCUUCAGCACCACCAUCAUCAACUUUGAAUGACCAAACACGUUCACGUAACUCUGGAUCUACUACUAGAACAUCAGGAACAUCAACUCCAGCUGCAAAUCCAGCUUCUCUGCGCUGGGAUCGACAAACCGUACAAUUUUCCGUCAAUGCUUGGGUAUUUGUUGUGGCUGUGCUUGCAAUAUUUCCCCUUAUACCUAGAAAUCUUUCAAAUAGGGCAUAUCGGCUUUCCUUCAUGGGCACUGCAUGUUCUUCUCUGUAUUCUUUGUACUCUCUGUAUGGGAAACCUAGAGAAUGGAAUUUACAGGCUGUGCAAGUGUGGUUUCAGUCCGUGAUUGCAACUAAGGAUUUUAUCUACUUCAUUUACUGCCUUACUUUUGUCACUUCACAUCUUUACCUCAAAUUUGCUUUGAUCCCCAUUUUAUGCCGAACUCUUGAACAUGUUGCAAAAUUCCUUAGGCGUAACUUCAGUCGUUCCUCCUUGUACAGGAAGUACUUGGACGAGCCAUGUGUAUGGGUAGAGUCAAACAUAACAACACUCAGCAUUCUAUCUUCGCAUGCUGAGAUUGGACUUGGAUUUCUUCUAAUCAUUUCUUUGCUCUCGCGGCAGCGCAACAUAAUACAAACUUUCAUCUACUGGCAGCUAUUGAAGCUCAUGUAUCAUGCUCCCGCGACUGCUAGUUACCAUCAAAGUGUUUGGGCUAAGAUUGAGAGGACUGUGAGUCCAUUGGUCAACCGGUAUGCGCCAUUUUUGAACACUCCAAUUUUGGCUGUCCAGAGAUGGUGGUUCCGGUAAAAGCUCAGAGGAAGAAAAGUGAGAACAAGCUUAUGACAGAUUGCAUAAGUACAGGAUUUACUUUUUCAGUCUUGUAAACUCUUUCAAGAAAAAAGAAAAAAGAAUCACCGACUUUCAGAUAUAUGAUCACAAGUCAGCUUAAUUAGAAUUGGUUUAUGAAACUUGUACUUGUAUUAUUUUAUAGGACCAUUUUUGUUCCCAUAUUUUACAUUUACAGAAUGGGUUGAUCAAAGAGGUCUUUCCCACUUGAUUUUA